UUUUUCAUGCUUUUGUGACUCAUAACACUAUUCAAAGGAAUAGUGCUCAACUUCCAACUUUUUAAGGGUGUAAGAUUAUUUUCUCUCUCCUGAUAGAAGGAUAAGGAACUCAAGCUCUCUAAAGAUUCUGUUUUGGAGUUUAGCUACAUAAGGUCUCUCAAUUUUGAUACAACGAAAAAAUGGCAAUAAGAGUUCCACAAUGUUCUGAAAUAGAGGCUUUCCAGCUCUUGGACCAACUAAAUGGUAUUUUGGAUCGUGAUCCUCUAAUUGAUGAGGUGGGAUUUAUUCAUCCUUCCCAGCUAAUGAUGCUGAAUGAAGGAGAAGAUGGUGCCAUUCUUUCUUCUAGUGAGCAUAAAAUAAAUGCAAGACUGGGUCCUGAGGCUAGUGCAGUGGAAGGAAAAAAUGCUUUUUUCUGGAGUAGAGAGCACAAAUUGGGGAUUUCCACUGAGUAUCUUCUCCCAUUGUAUAAAGCAGCAAAGCACAGAUUCAUGGAUGCUUAUGCAACUUGUAAAAGGCAUUCCAGUUUCUCUUUGAAGAAUGAAAAUGCGGCUAGCAUCCAUGUCUUUUCUGAGAUUGAGGUUGAAGUCAUGAAGCACAGCAAGGCUCUUUUAUUGCUGAGUAGUGACUUUGGAACUGCAUGGAAUGCAAGGAAGUUUAUUCUAUCAAAGCGAGAUGAUUUUCCAAUUACAGAUGAACUUCUUCUGUCCACUUUGGUCCUGUCAUUUGCUCCAAAAUCUGAAAGUGCCUGGAACUACAGGAGGUGGGUUAUCAAGAGAAUUGCUGGAAGAUGUCCAACUUUAGAAGUGAUUCUGGAGAAGGAAUCUGAUCUUGUCAGGAAAAUAGCAGAGAAGUCUAAAAUGAACUACCGUGCUUGGAAUCACCGUUGUUGGCUAAUUUCUUAUAUGACAAAGGAACAGGCGCUACAUGAACUGAACAUCAACAAACAUUGGGCUGCAUUGAAUGUUUCUGAUAAUAGCUGCUUUCAUUAUCGACGGAAGCUAAUGCUGUCGAUGUUGGGUGAUGUGAGCGAUGGGAAAAUUGUGGUUACAUGUAUUGAUAAGUUGGAAUCGCUUCAACAACUAUGGAAGGAUGAACUGGAGUGGAACGAGAGGCUAAUUAGACGUUAUAUUGGACGAGAGGCCUUAUGGCUUCAUCGCCGGUUUCUAUCUGUAUUUUGGGUUAAACAUUUUGGAGCUGAUCAACAUGGCAUCUCACGACUUGCCAAUGAGAAGGGCGAUAAAGAUGAGCAUCUAUCUAUCUUUAUUGACAAUGAAAUCGGUUUUCUUCGAGAUUGCUUGAGUCUUCCAGAUAGCAUAUUUGAGGAUGUUCAAUCACAGGCCAUUCAUUCUGCUGCUUACUUAUUGUGGCUCAACAGGGAAAUUCUAUCUCCUUCAAGUAUCAACUUCAAUGAGAAGCUUGGAGUUGGUGAUCUGAGGACAUUGCUGAACAAGUUGUGCCCUGAAAAGAUUAGAGUUUGGGAUUGUUUGCUGUGCAACCAUCAUUCUUUGUAGAAGGCAACAAUUUGUUUGAGAGGAUUCAUUUCGGAUUUUCGGUUUCUAGAUUGAAGGAGAGGGUUUUCUCAAGCUAGUAGAUUGAGAGUGUGAGGAUCCUCCCUGAGUCCCCUCUAAUUCCCAACACCUAGUAAGUGAGCGAGAAACUACUUAAUUAUCGCUGUGAUAUAGAAGUUGUUAGGAUAGAUUUAGGAGUAUUUCCUAACACAAGUACAUAUUACGGUGAUACUUUUUAUGAUUUCGGAGAAAGAAGAGAGUCAAACUUUUCAAAAUACACUUUUAUUUUUCUGUGGAAUCUCCAAAAUACUCUAAACAAGUUCCAAAAUUACAUAAAAUGAUGCACUGCUAUGUACUAUUUGCAUAUCAGUCACAUUGAUAAACUAGGAACCCUUCCAUGUUCCACUGUCCACUUACUAGCGUGAACCUCAGCUUCAACUUGUAUUGGUUGUUACUUUCCAAUAAUCACAACGGAAUUAUGGGCUACUAGAAAAAUGAACCAUAUAUUCUGAAGAUGUUUUUAUUACUGUUGAAAUUAAGAGCUUUUUGGUCAAAGUGUUGCAAGUAAUAUGGAAUGGAAAAAGUAUUUACCAA